GAAUGAAUACCAUGUAGUUAGGUAUGUUUGCGAUCUUGUGAUUCCAUUCUGUCUGACACUUUUAAGGCUAUAUGUAUGUAUAUGUCUCGCUUCCUUAGGUAUUUUGAAUCGUUAUCCUUAUAUGUAUCUUUUAUGAAUGAUUUAUUUACCUCCUUACUUACCUCCUUACCUAUAUCUAUAGCACCUCAAGUGCUAUACCAGCAUUGUUUCUAACGUCAAUUUCAAUGCUAUUUAACCCAAGAGCUUAAAGUUUCCAAGUUUAUAGAAAGUACCUAAUAUCGACUUAGUCAAGGUACCUACACCUACCUAGUAGUAUACAUACAGGUACUAGAAGGAAACACUAAGAAACUCAAUUGACAAGGGAAGAAGCAGCAGCUCUGGGAGCGCAAAGCGGGGCAUCGUUCUAUACAGCUGCUUUCUCACUUCUCUUUACCUUUCACCUCUUUUUCUUUUCCUUUUCUCCUACCGAUUAAUUCUAUAUACCCUCACCCAAAAAAACAAAAUCAUGUCGGGACCUGUACCCACGGUCACUGCGCUGCAGGACAUUUAUACCCAGCAGGCCCUGGAUGAUCAAACCGUGCGGUGGAACAAGUUGCUCGACAAAUUCCAGGCCCUCUAUGGCAGCCCUGCCCAAUUUGUCUCGCGAUCACCAGGUCGCGUGAACAUCAUUGGCGAGCAUAUCGACUACUCCCUAUACUCGGUCCUACCCAUGGGAAUGACCCCUGAUGUCAUUCUUGCCGUAUCCACCGACCUCGAAUCUUCCCAAGAGGGUUCUUACACCAUCAAGCUAGCAAACGUCGAUAACGAACGAUUUCCCACGCGCGAAUUCAACGUGCCAUACUCGGAAGUCGAUAUUGACGCAACGAUACACGAAUGGACCAACUAUUUCAAGUCCGGGUUAAGGGGAGCACUGCAGUUGUUGAAGAAGAAAUAUGGAGCAGACUUCAAACCCAAGAGCAUGCAGGUCUUGAUGGAUGGAACAGUACCCGCUGGUGGUGGCCUCAGUUCCAGCGCUGCCUUUGUGAGCGCUAGCGCAUUGGCAGUCAUGGUUGCCAACGGCGAGCGCGAAGUCGACAAGAAGGCUUUGACCGAGGUUGCGAUCGUGAGUGAACGAGCGGUUGGUGUAAAUUCUGGAGGAAUGGACCAAUCUGCCUCGGUCUUCUCUGAACGUGGAUCGGCUCUCCUGGUUUCUUUCACCCCGUCCCUCUCGGCCCGGCCCGUCUACUUCCCUAAAACCAACCCCGAGCUCUGCUUUAUGGUUGCCCAAUCCUUUGUUACUUCCAACAAGCAAGAAACGGGGCCCAUUCACUAUAACCUCCGAGUGGUGGAGUGUAGCAUGGCGGCGGCAUAUUUGAAUGCCAAGCUAUGCGCCAAGGGAACCGAGCUCCCCAAAGACGCAGGUCCCCUGGGUGUUUCUAUUCGUGGAUUCCACCAGAACUACUUUAAAGACACCAAGAAGUCAAUGCCUGAACAACUCAACGAGUUGAUCAAACUAGUCGAGUCGACAUUGACUCAGGAGGAGGGAUACACUAUCGAAGAAGUCGCAUCUGGUAUCGGUAUAUCGGUUGAGGACGUCAAAGCUCGGUUCAUGUCCAGCUUCCCGGUGCGGGGCGAACGUUUCAAGCUUCGCCAAAGAGCAUUGCACGUGUUUACCGAAGCCCUGCGUGUCCUGCAGUUCCUAUCCCUCCUCGAAGAUCCAGCCCAGGCGCCUGAUUCAGAGCACACCGUGGAGUACAACGGCAAGCUCGGCAAACUAAUGAACGAGACGCAAGACUCGUGCCGAGACAUUUACGAAUGCAGCUGUCCCGAAAUCGACGAGCUGUGCCGCAUUGCGCGCGAGGCUGGGAGCUACGGCAGCCGACUGACGGGCGCGGGCUGGGGUGGAUGCAGCGUACAUCUGGUACCUGCUAACAAGAUCGAGGACAUCAAGAAAGCGCUCUUGGAAAAGUAUUAUGCUAAGCUAAACCUGCCCGAGAAGGACUUGAGCGAGGCUAUUGUGGUUAGCCGGCCGAUGAACGGAAGUGCUGUUUUCCAACUCAGUGAUGGGAAGCUAUAAGUAUAUCUCGUUAGAUAGUAUUCAUCGUAUAUAGUGAGAGAUAUUACAAUUAUGUUUUGGACUUGGCAUGUGACUUGUAGUUUAUAUUGUGGUGAUCUUUCAUGGCGAGAAGAAGAGUAAAAGGUUUGGUGAAAACAAUGAUUAGGUGAAUAAGGGGCCCUGUUUAGUUUAAGGUAGCAUUGCUAUACUGUUCAAGAAUAAAUGUUACUACUACACAGCA